AGGAACCAACAUGAGCAUUAGUUUUAGAAAUAGGUUAGUUGCUAUGGAGCCUGCAUUCUGACUUAUUGGGGUUGGAGGUGUGUAAAGGUAACAGUUUGUUUUUAGUUUCAAAGAUCUGGCAAAAAGAUAGGCAGUCGCUCCUCUUCUGGAAAAGCUUGACAGACCAGUAGGAUUCCUUUUAAGGCUCAACCCAAAACAUUUUAUCCCAUCAUUCACUAACUUCAAACGCCAAGAUCCCGGAGAAACUCUGGAAGAAGAAAACUUGACAGGAGCAUUGAUUCAACAAAUGGCUAAUCCAGCAGGUGGUACUGUCAGUAAUGGAAAAUUUCAUAAUCACCAGAAACAGAGUAAUGGCUCCCAAAGUGGAAAUCAUAAAAGAAAUGGGAUCAUUAGAGACACACAGCAAAAUGGAAAGCCAUAUUUCUACAAAAAGCCAUUUGUUGAAUCUUUUGAAGAAACACCAAUGUACGUUGCUAUUUUCACUUACCUGAGUUAUGGAAUUGGAACAUUAUUUGGCUACUUGAGAGAUUUUUUGAGAAACCAUGGAAUAGAGAAAUGUCAUAUGGCUCAAGAACGAAAAGAGCAAAGAGACUUUGUGCCCCUAUAUCAAGAUUUUGAGAAUUUUUUCACCCGGAACCUUUACAUGAGAAUCCGAGAUAACUGGAACCAGCCCAUCUGCAGUGUUCCAGGGCCCACAUUUGAUGUGAUGGAACGAGUGUCAGAUGAUUACAACUGGACAUUUAGGUUCACUGGAAAAAUUAUCUCAGAUGUCAUUAAUAUGGGUUCUUACAACUACCUUGGCUUUGCAGAAAAAAGUCAUGAAAGUUUAAUUACAAUAAGGAAUGUAAUAAAGAAAUAUGGAGUCGGUAUUUGCAGCAGCAGACAGGAAAUGGGUAAUGUUGAUAAACAUGAAGAAUUAGAGGGCCUAGUAGCCCAGUUUCUGGGAGUGGAAGCAGCUAUGGUGUUUGGAAUGGGUUUUGCUACCAACUCAAUGAAUAUUCCAGCACUGGUUGGAAAGGGUUGCCUGAUUUUAAGUGAUGAAUUAAAUCAUACCUCUAUUGUUCUUGGAGCCAGACUUUCAAGGGCAACAAUAUGGACCUUCAAACACAAUAACAUGCAAAGUCUAGAGAAGCUACUAAGAGAAGCUGUGAUCUAUGGCCAGCCUCGAAGUCGAAGAGCAUGGAAAAAAAUCCUCAUUCUAGUAGAAGGCAUCUAUAGCAUGGAAGGUUCCAUUGUGCGCCUGCCUGAGAUUAUUGCCUUAAAGAAGAAGUACAAAGCUUACCUCUACGUGGAUGAAGCUCAUAGUAUUGGAAGUGUAGGCCCAAGAGGCCGGGGGGUCAUGGAUUACUUUGGAUUGGAUCCUUGUGAUGUUGAUGUGUUAAUGGGAACAUUCGCCAAAAGCUUUGGAGCAGCUGGAGGAUACAUAGCUGGAAAAAAGGACCUGGUGGAUUAUUUAAGAGUUCAUUCCCAUAGUGCUGUUUAUGCUACAUCUAUGUCUCCACCUAUUGCGGAACAAGUAAUUAGGUCUAUGAAAACCAUCAUGGGACUAGAUGGAACAACAAACGGAACACAGAGAAUCCAGCAACUUGCACAAAAUACAAGAUACUUCAGAAAAAAAUUGAAUCAAAUGGGUUUCAUUAUUUAUGGCAAUGAAGAGUCACCUGUUGUUCCCCUACUCCUUUAUAUGCCAAGUAAAGUAGCUGCAUUUGCAAGAAAACUAUUAAAAAGAAAAAUUGGUACUGUAGUGGUGGGCUUCCCAGCCACUCCACUAAUAGAAGCUCGGGCUCGGUUUUGUAUGUCAUCAUCACAUACUCAGGAAAUGCUAGACAGGGUCUUGAAAGAGAUUGAUGAAUUAGGAGAUAUACUGAGCCUAAAAUACUCCAGGCACAAAAAGUCAGCUCAUCCUGAACUACACAGGGAAACAAGCUUUGAACUUGAAGAUUAAGGUUCGAGGUUGAAGAAAAUAGAGACUUUGCCAAAAAGACUUCUCUCCUUGCCUCAAAAGGAAUAUAAAUGUAUUUCUUCUCUUUCUUAGAACAAUUUUUAUUUCUUGAGUAACUAACUCAAUUAAGGAAAGCACUGCUGUUGAAGUUUUACUGUCUCCAACUUGUGCCUAUAGAAGUUGAAAUAUGGCUCCAGAAUUAAGUUUCUUUUCUACCAAUGCUUCCCAAAGAAAAACACACUUCUUAGUAUAUUUUUGAUGGCAAAGAGCCUGGGUCUCUUUUGCUACUGUACUGUGCAGACUCAUUGGUUCAGUGCCUUUCCAGGCAAUGGGGGGAAAAGGUUUAAAUGUUUAAUUUAGAAGGUUUCAUUGUGUUUUAGUCAAAGCAUAUUUCAUUUGCAGACUUCUGGUAUGUUUUUAUUUGUACCAACUAUGAAAGCACUCAUCAUUUAGGAAUGUUUCAGGAAAGAGAAGAGAUAUGAAUUUCUAUUUGCCAUAUUUUUAAUGUCUCAAAGGACAGGUGCUAAAUGAAAGUUAAUACUUUGAAGGAGGGAGUAGAGCUGUUCAGCAAGUACUGGGGAAAGUCUGAAGAAAUAUAUUAUUUUCCUCAUACUGAUCCUGAUUCCAGUUUUCUGAGUUUUCCUUUCGAGGGCACAAGCCAAAUUUAGGUCUAGAAGUGAGUGUGGUUAAAAAUAAAGGUUUUUGUUUUUGCUUUUGUUUUCUCUUAGGAUGGCUGACUCUAUAACUUAUAUUAACCUAAAUAUUGGUAGUGCCACUCAAAGUUUGUGUUUAGCAUGUACACCAUAAAUCUUGUGAACAAUAAUAUUUCAUUUUUAACUCUGGAGGAAAUGCUGAAUCCAUUUGUGUUCUUUUGCCCCUAUCCUAGGACCACUCUUUUAAAAUCUCAGUUCAAAAAAGAUAUUUAAAAUAAAUUUAUAAUGCACUUUAUUAUGCUUGUGACACCUAUAGUCAUGUCUAUCAAGGAGUCUUGUCACCUAGUAUACGCAAGCAUCUUGACUGAGAGAGAAGUUUUUAACUCGGUGACCUCUUCUUUUUAUGGGAACACAUCUGAUUCUAGAUGAAGAAUGUGAGUUUAUGGCCCAAUGAUUAGGAAGAGAGACUGGUCAAUGGCCUUUGUUAAUUAUAUCUGUUUGACAUAAGAUUUGCUAGGAAAACCUUAACUAUAAGAUAAUCAACGAGCUGGCAUUCAAGCAGAGUUGGAAAAGUCAAAGAGAAUACUCUUAGUAAAGCUUCUGUAACGUUCAGAAUAGGCUACAUAACAUUUCAUACUAUCAAAUUACAUUGUAAACAAAUUAGAUCAAGAGAUGUUUGGCUUUCUAUUGUAGUGAUGGAUCCAAAAUUUUCAGAUUCUUUAUUCCACAGUCUAACCUCAGUCCAUGUCUACUUCUAAAUCUAGUGCUAGAUUUAGUGAAAUUGAAGGACUAGACACCGGAGUCCCUGAAAAGGGUAGGGAUUAGAGAUUCAGACAACAAGGUGCUUAGGAAGGUGGGAGUUUGGGAGGCAAUACAACUCGGAGAUUAAUGUUCCUAACUUUAUUUUAAUUGGGAAAGAAACAAAAUCCUUAAUUACUUUAGUUAAAAUGGAUUAUAAUUUAGUAUCUUAUGGCUAUUUAAAGGUUUUAUCUCAUUGGGAAGAAGGAGAUAUUCAAAAUUCAGUAACAUCGCCAUAUUGCUGUGUUUGGGUUUUUUGGUUUUAUAAUUAAUACAGACUACAGUUAAGGGACUAAAGCAGUAGCUUUUGUGCAUCCAAACAAGUUUACAAUAUAAAUGUAAAAAUGAAACAGCUCUAUAUACUGUAUAGGUCCAUUUAAAUGGAAUUAUUUCUAGUAAAGAAGCAAAAAUAGAUGGGUCUUUAAUGGAAUACUCCUUGAACACUUAAAAAGUAAAAACUGAUAACAUAAUAAUACAGGUGAUUUGAAUACAGAACUGAAUUUUUAGUUUUUAUAAGAAUAAAAAAAGUCAGUAUUUGAUAUCUAGGACCUUAUUGUUCCAAAAUUUUUAAAGAUUUAAUAAAGGACUCACAAUAGAACUAAAUUAAAAGAUGUUUCUUUGACUGAGUUUACAAGGCAAGUGUAUUCCCACAAUACUAUCUUUUUUAAUUUGGUGAGGACACCCAACUGUCUUAGCCCACUGUAGUUCAGAAAUUCUAAAUUCAAAAGAUCUGCCAAUCUCUAUCAUCUAGGUAGCUGGGAGUUCAGAUGUCUAUCACCAUGCCUCACUAUAUAUCAAUUCCUAUUUGUCUUAAAAAUAUUCUUAUAUCUUACUGUCACAGUUUCUAAAUAUCUUCCAGUGUUCUCUAUUUUUGGUUAAUAUUUCAGUUUUUACUUAUCUCAUUUCCCUUUUUAAGAGAGGGUUUGAUCAUAUAGACUAAUCUCAUAUAAAGGAAUUCCUGGAAUGUGGGCCCAUCUCAUCUACUGAAACUGAAGAUACUUACAUGGACUAAAUGAAGCACAUUAGUUUACUGCUGUAUGUGGAAAGUGUCUUUUCCUCAACUACAAAAUAUUUUUCCUGAAUUACUAUGAUGUCUUUUGAAUGUGAGGUGGCAUAAUGGAUAGAACAGUGUAACAUUAUAGACCAUUAAACUUAGAAGUCAAGAGGACUGGAGUCUGAAUCCUGCCUCACACUAUCUAUGUUCUCUCUCUCUCUCUCUCUCUCUCUCUCUCUCUCUCUCUCUCUCUCUCUCUCUCUCUCUCUCUCUCUCUCUCUCUCUCUCUCUCUCUCUCUCUUUUUACUUUUCCUUUAUCCUUGGGGGAGAAAAAACUUUGAAUCCUGAUCAUUUUUGUCAACAGUAGCCCUUGAGUGAUAAAAAAUUCUUAACACUUAUACAAAUAUCCUCUUUAAAACAAUGAAUAUUUUUAAUCUUUCUAUGGUUACCAAAUAUCAAAUACUCCAAAGAGAUCUCUCUAGUCUAAAAUUAAAUUCCAGAUAAUAAAAUCUUGACUAUGUCUUGAUUUAUAACAAUAAUCUUAUUUUGAAUGUAAAUGAUGAUUAGCAGUGAUCCCUCAUCAAAACAAGGAAAGCAAAAUCUUUGAGAGUCUAGAUUCUCCAGAGUGGUCCAACUAUGUAAUAUUUAGAAAAAUUAAAGGAAAAGAAGUAUCCAAGUAAAAUAUUUUCAGAGAAGUGCAACAUAGUCUUUCAUCCCUUUCAGAUCUAAAAGAAGUAUAAUUAACUUAAUAAUUUAACAAUCAAAACUGAUAGUUAUAGUUUUACAAAUUAAGUAUGAUUAUCCCAAUAUCCUACAGUGAAUUAGCGACAAAGUCAGGUCUAGCCAUGUUCAAAAUUAGCAUAGAAUUGGAAUAUUAUUGGUAAAUUAUUUUUCCCCUUUUUUCUCUCCCCCUCCAACCCCAUGGAGUAGUUUGAUUUUAAAGCUAAGGCAAAUAGUUUCUCCCUCCAGGCUAUGAAACCAAGUUAGGUCCUCCCUUCUUUUGUCUAGAUCUUUUACAAGCUGGGUGGAGACCCACUCCUUGUCUGUGGGCAGGAACUCUUGGAUAAUGAAGUUGGCUAGGCAGCCACUAUGUUGGGAAAUACUGCCUAGCCAUUCUAGCAGCUCCAGGUGUUUCUUGGCAUCCUUGGGACACUCCCCUUCUGAUGAUAAAGGUGUUCCAGCAUCUGAUUCCACUCCCUGCAUGCCUAUUUUCCAAUCAGAAAUGCUUAGGAUGUCCUGGAGAGGGACUGGACGGUGAUGAUGCAAAGGGUAUAUAAGAUAUGAGAGAGAGGAAAUUGGGGCUCUUAUGCCUCUUUCUCUGGUCCAGCUCUCCUGACUAGCUGACUAGCUGCUUGUACUUAUUCCACCUUUUUGGGUUGGCCAGCCCAGCCAUUUAGUUGUUCAUGCUUAAGCCUCUGCUCUCUCUUACCUAGCCUGUCAGUCCCUCAUUCUAUCCUCCCCUCCCUGGCCUUCUGCUCUGCUAGUCUGUGGAAUCUGUUCCAACUAUGGAGGGAGACUACUGACUAGUGGGAAAUCUUGAGCGGUCAUUAAUAAAUUAAUAUUUUACAAUUUUAAAAAUACAGCCUCUAGAGAAUUUCAUUCAUUAUACAGGGCUUCUAAAUUUCUAGUGCAAUACUCCUUCCAUCACAAGUGAAAGCAUGCCUUCCCAUCCCUUUUAAUACUGGAAAAAUAAAUACUUAUCACUAAAGUUGUACCAUUGAGAUUAUGAAGUUUUCAAGAAGUUUUUCAAGUAGGAAGGUUUUUCUAUUCCAUAAUAUUUUCUCGUAAUACUAUCCCAUCAAUAGAAGUCUCAUCAACUGCCUUUAAAGUAAGUUCUACAGUGCUUUUUGUUACUUUGUUCCACCAUGGGAUCUGACCAAAAGGUCAUAAUAAAGGAAUAAUGCAUAACUCCUUUUGUUAAGAUUCACAUCCAAGAUGAGCAGAAUUCUGUUAUUCUUAAAUAGUGGCAUCCACUGACCUAAAUGAAAGGCUUAAUUUUUACAUAUGAAUGUCAGUUUCUCUUGGAAAUUAUCCCCUGAUAUUAAAAGUCUGAAUUAAUAAAAUGCCCAACAGCAGGUCAGAUUAUGUAAGUGAGAUUUUUUAAUUGCUAUAAAGCAUGAAAAUAAUAGUAACUUUUGUAAGAAUUUAAAAAUUAAGUUUUUUAUGCUAAUAUGAGAAUGCUAUAGUAUUAUAUAUUGUAGUCAUUGAUCUAAAUAUAUUAUAACAAGUCAAAAUGACUUUUAGUAGCUUUGUUUACAAAGAGGUGGAAAGAGUGAAAGUGGGAAAAUAUAAGGAGAUAAAUAAUUAUCUAGCCUAUCACCCUAAAUGCUGCUCCAAUGUGGGGCUCAGACCUGGCAGGGUUUCACCACAUCCCUUGAUCCACAAGGAUUUUUCAGUAAUCCUCAGCCAGAAGUCCUGUGGUGUCUUCAGCAAAGGUUCUACCAGUAUAGCCUCCUCCAGGAAAGGAAAGCCUCUCUGGAACCAGUCUCUCCAGAAACCUGGAAAGGAAGGCCAGCUAUUCACCCAGCUCACUGACACAGAGUCUACCAAGGUAAAGUCCCAAGGUCCAAGCCCAAGAUCCAAGCCAAAGGUCCAGUCCAAAGAUUCAAGUCCAAGAUCCAAGCUGAAGACCCCUUGGACAGGAAGUUCAUGACUUUUUAUAGUCCUUUUUCCAUAUCACUUCUUGUCCCUUCCUCCACUUUACAGGAACCAAUUAAAGUCUUUCAAUUUGCCUUGCACUGUCAAAGGGGUGGUCAGUGGCCUCUGGAAUUGUCACCCACUCUCACAAGUGACUUGUGAGCUCUCUUACUUGGUGUUAAUUAGGAGUGUUUAAGUUUUUGAUUUAUUAAUUUAAAAGUUGCUGACUGAUUGAUAAAGAAAAUUUUAUUCAUUUGUCACACUUCCUUUAUUCAGGGAAUAAUUUUUGAUUCUAAAAUGCUGAUUAAAAAGACUUAAAGGGGUCAGCUGGGUUGAUCAGUGGAUUGAGACCCAGGCCUAGAGAUGGGAGAUCCUAGGUUCAAAUCUGGUCUCAGACACUUCCUAGCUGUAUGAUCCUGGACAAAUCACUUAACCCCCUUUACCUAGCCCUUGCUGCUCUUCUACCUUGGAACCAAUACACAGUAUUGAUUCUAAGACCAAAAAAAAUGAGAGUUUUUUUUAAAAAGUGAUUGUUGGCACUCACCCAGGUUUGUUCAGGAGUUUUCUUUAAUUAAGUUAGUAAAGACAAGAAUGACUGGAUUCAUUAACUAAAAGCAGAGCUGUCAGGGAAGGAAAUUGUUCUCAAAAACUUUGAGCUACCCAUGGCUGAAAAAGACCUGAUUUCACAGGACAAAAUCCUUACUUCAACAUGGGUCAAGGAAAAACCAGGCAAUCACAUUACUUCAUUCUUUCUUUCCAACUCGUGUCUAUGAUUUUCCAGAUCUAAAAUAUGCGCUAAAAAUCUGUGGGGAAUAUUUUAAAUAAAUCAACUGUUUAAUGAUAGAUUUCAUCCAAAGAAGAGCAAGCUAGUAAGGAACUUGACUAUAACACUGGAAUGUAGAAGGGUAUGGAUGAUUGCUGAAUGAAUGGAUGAUAUCAUAAGAUCAAAGACAACGAUUUGCAAUUGGGCUAAUGCAGAUAAUUGUAAACUCUUCAAAAGUAAGGAAAAUGCAUGUAUUUGGUUCCUAAAAUUCAUGUUUUUCAAAUAAUAUAUCUAUAUUGUGAGCUACAAAUAUAAUUAAGAUGUAUAACUUCCUUUCAAACUGGUGUUCUACAACUACUGGUAUGUAACAUUAGAUCAGAUAUAACCAUAUGUUGCUUUUCUUUCUUCAUAAAAUGUUACAUUUGGAACAAAGAACACCAAAAAAAAGCCUUUUAAGACUUUUUCAAACCAUCUACUAAAAAAAUCUUAAUAAGAUAAGAAAGAAUAAAAAUUUAUGAACUAAACAAAAGAAAGGAAAAAACUAUUAAAAAGAAUUUUAAAAAAUCCUGCAUUUGCAAUACAGGGCAUAUAUGUGACAUGUUUUAAAGAGCUUCAUUAUAUUUUGACAUUAAAUGCCAAUGUAGAAAAAAUUUGUAAGACAUAAUACACAGAAACACUAAAAUAUUGUUAAAAUUAUAAGUUUCUACCAAUGUGAAUAAUAGCUUUUUGUGAGUCUUGUUAAUUAUUUGUUUUUU